AACUUUGACGCAUGCGCAAAAACACAUCAGAAUCAGACGGUCACAAUGGCUUUUUGCAAAAGAGUUCGGCUUCUUAACUUAACUUGCCGUCAUUUUUACCCGUCAUCAUUCGUGUGUAUCAGCAGGAAGAUAUCAGAAAAUGUUUCUUCUAAAUCUAAAGCAAGUGCUAGUGCCGACUCGACGACAGAUCACCCGAUUUAUACGCCUGAACAUUUCGCAUUGAAGGAAUCCCUCAAUAAGAUAAUCGAGCAAGAGAUAAAUCCAUAUGUUGACCAAUGGGAAGAAGCAGGACAGUUUCCAGCCCACAAGAUUUUUAAGAUCCUUGGAAACGCGGGGUUCCUGGGGGUCACCAAGCCAAUAGAGUAUGGUGGCUUGGGCCUGGACUUCAGUUACAGUGUUGCUGUGUCAGAAGAGCUUGGCAACAUUCGCUGUGGUGGGGUCCCAAUGGCCGUAGGGGUGCAGACUGACAUGGCUACACCUGCGCUGGCCAGGUUUGGCUCCCCUGAGUUGAAGAAGGAGUUUCUGGUUCCCACAAUAUUGGGAGACAAAGUGUGCUGUCUUGGUGUAAGUGAAGUUGGAGCAGGAUCUGACGUUGCAAGCAUCAUGACUAAAGCAGUGCGGAAAGGUGAUGAGUUUGUCAUCAAUGGUGGGAAGAUGUGGACCACAAGCGGGGGACAGGCAGACUGGAUGUGUCUUCUGGCCAACACCAGCGACGGGCCGCCUCACAAGAACAAAAGCCUCAUAUGCCUGCCAAUGAACCUACCUGGGAUUCACAUCGCACGGAAAAUCAAUAAAAUUGGAAUGUGGUCAUCAGACACCGUCGAGGUUUUCUUCGAUGACGUGCGGGUGCCCUGCAAAAACAUCAUCGGGCAGGAAGGCAUGGGCUUCACGUACCAGAUGCUCCAGUUCCAAGAAGAGAGGCUUUGGGGAGUGGCCAACAUAUUGACUAUGAUGGAUAAUGUUAUCCGGGACACCAUCCAAUACACCAGACAACGCAAGAUCUUCAAGCAGCCAGUUCUCUACCACCAGUCCGUCCACUUCCGCCUGGCAGAGUUGGAGACGGAGCUGGAGCUACUGCGCUCCCUCCUCUACCGCGCCACAGCUCUGUAUAUUAAAGGUAACGAUGUGACCAAGCUGGCUUCCAUGGCCAAGCUGAAAGGGGGACGCCUGGCUCGGGAGGUUGGGGACAGCUGCCUGCAGUACUGGGGUGGGAUGGGUUACACCAGUGAAGUUCUGGUCAGUCGGUUUUACAGGGAUGCCAGACUGAUGUCAAUUGGCGCUGGAGCUGAUGAAGUCAUGCUGUCCAUUAUAUGCAAGUACAUGGACACCUUGCCCAGGAAAUGAUGUCGUAUCACAUUACGACUCAGAACUGUAACAAUAAGUGCACUUCUUUUUCAUUGAUACUGGUUUUCUGCAAAGCUAACAUGUAAAAUGAUAUUUGAAAUAUUUAAAUGUAUAUUUUGUAAUCAGGUUGAUGUAGGGCAGUGGUAACAAACCCUGUUCCUGGAGAUCAACUGUCCUGUAGGUUUUCACUCCAACCUUAACAAAGCACACCUCGCUCAACAGCUAGAGAUCUUGUUUAGCUGCGAAUUAGUAGUCUGCGGUGCAUAAUUAGGGUUGAAAGGAAAUCCUACAGGAUGGCAGAUCACCAGGAACAGGGUUGGUUACCACUGAUGUAGAGGAAAUUCAAAGUCUUGAAGAAAAAUGCAAAAAAUAAAAAUCAAGCCUGAAUCUACUACAGUUGAGGCCAAAAGUUUACAUACACCUAGGCUAAGGACAUUCAAACUCAAAUAUUCACAACUCCACACAUUUCCCGUGUUAAGCCAAUUAGGGUAUCUACUUUAUUUCCAUAAGAGGUCAUUUCACAAUAAUUGCUAAGAGACAGAUUUAUUUCAGCUUUUAUGCACUAUAUCAGAUUUUAAGUGGGUCAAAAGUUUACAAACACUUAUUUUUAGUAUUUGGUGGCAUUGCCUUAUAAUUGCUUAGCUUGAAUCAAACGCAUGGGGUAGCCUUCCACAAGCGUCUCACAAUACUUCUAAACAUAGCCUAGGUGUAUGUAAACUUUUGGCUUCAACUGUAUAUUAAACAGUCAGUGGGUUUCAGUAGUAGAUGACGGUUGCAAUUCAUUUGUGUAUAGAAAAUAAAGCACAGCGUGUGAAAGUGAGUUCUUAUUAAAUCCCUCAAUUCAAGACGACACAAAUGUGAUACACCAAAAUGCAUUUUAUUUGUGUUAUUCUGUACAGGUAAUUUAGAGAUCUUUAACAGCAAAGAAGUACAUUAUACUGGACAUCUAGCUUGAUGUGCAAGAACUGCUGUGUCAAUGUGAAAAUGUUUCUGGGUCAAAAUUCACGAGCCAGAAACGUGUCAUGAUCAGUGCUCCAGUUCCUUUCAGAUGAAUGACUGGUUGCAAUCCAGGCAAUUUUGAAAAGCUCAAUUUAUCUUACUGUACAUGUUAAUAUUCAGUUAAACACCCCUGGUGAACAACAAAAUAACAUAAAUGUCCUUAUUCUUGGAUGAAAAAGUAUCAUUUUGGGGGUGACAGAGAUGAGAACUGUACAGUCUAAUAGACUUAUUUUGCUUCAACAAUGAUACAUUGACCCAAAUGUCAGCUGUUAAUAAAAGUAAUGUUGGUAUUAAUUACAA